AUGGCAGCAGGUGUAUGGAGGAAUACAGGGAAUGGGAACAGACUGGGAGCAUACUUGUGGCUCUUGGCAGUUAAUGUAUUACUGGGAGCUGGUGUGAACUGGCUGGGCCUAAAGGGCCAGAUUGCGGUCAAAGCCCAGAACAAUGAGAGGAGGGUAUUGGCCCAUAUCCCUGGAGACAUCAUCAUAGGGGCGUUGUUCUCUGUCCAUCACCAACCACCUGCAGACAAGGUUCAUGAGCGUAAGUGUGGUGCAGUGCGUGAGCAAUAUGGGAUCCAGAGAGUGGAGGCCAUGAUGCAUACCCUGGAUCGGAUCAACGCAGACCCCACUAUCCUCCCAAAUAUCAGCCUGGGCUGUGAGAUCAGGGACUCAUGCUGGCACUCUGCAGUGGCACUGGAGCAGAGUAUUGAGUUCAUUCGUGACACACUGGUGUCCAACGAAGAAGAGGACAACCAGGGACGAUGCACUACAGAGGCAGGGAGCUUGCUGCUGCAGGGGAAGAAGCCCAUUGUGGGACUUAUCGGACCAGGGUCCAGCUCUGUAGCCAUCCAGGUCCAAAAUCUCCUCCAGCUUUUCAACAUCCCACAAAUUGCCUACUCGGCCACAAGUAUGGAUCUCAGUGACAAGAGCUUGUAUAAAUAUUUCAUGAGGGUAGUGCCAUCAGAUAUGCAACAGGCUAGAGCGAUGGUGGAUAUUGUGAAACGAUACAACUGGAGCUAUGUGUCUGCAAUACACACAGAAGGUAACUAUGGUGAGAGCGGUAUGGAGGCUUUCAAGGACAUGGCAGCAAAAGAGGGAAUCUGCAUCGCACAUUCAGAUAAGAUAUACAGCAAUGCUGGAGAACAGAACUUUGACAAGCUUUUGCAAAAACUACGAGGACACCUGCCAAAAGCUAGGGUUGUAGCCUGCUUCUGUGAGGGGAUGACAGUCAGAGGAAUACUGAUGGCGAUGAGACGACAGCGUCUGGUCGGAGAGUUUCUGCUGGUGGGGAGUGAUGGUUGGGCCGACAGAUAUGAUGUGACUGAUGGCUAUGAGAGGGAGGCAGCUGGUGGAAUCACUAUAAAGCUGAAGUCAGCAUAUGUGACCUGGUUUGAUGAUUAUUACCUGAACCUGAAGCCUGAUGCAAACCUGAGAAACCCCUGGUUCCCUGAAUUUUGGCAGCACCGCUUCCAGUGCAGGUUGAGGGGGCACCCACAGGAGAGCAGCCUAUACAACCGCACCUGUACUUGGAGAGAAUCUUUGCGUCAUCAGUAUGCCCAAGACACCAAGAUGGGUUUUGUCAUAAAUGCGAUCUACUCUAUGGCUUAUGGCCUAGAUGCCAUGCAAAGAUCCCUCUGUCCAGGAUUUAAGGGUUUGUGUGACGACAUGCGACCUAUAGACGGCCGCAAACUGCUAGAUUUCCUCAUGAGAACAAACUUCAUCGGAGUAUCUGGGGAGACCAUCCACUUUGACCAGAAUGGAGAUUCACCUGGCAGGUAUGAAAUCAUGAACUUCAAGCACAUAGGAGAAGAUGACUACUCCUACAUCCAUGUGGGAAGCUGGGAUCAAGGUGGCUUAAAGAUGAAUGAUGAGGAAAUUUGGAGUAACAACAGUGAUUUCAUUCAGUCUGUCUGCUCGGAGCCCUGCCAGAAGGCACAGAUCAAGGUGAUCCGUAAAGGAGAGGUGAGCUGCUGUUGGACCUGUACUCCCUGCAAGGAGAACGAGUUUGUGUUUGAUGAGUACACAUGUCGAGCGUGUACUCUCGGCUCCUGGCCUACAGAUGACCUCACUGGUUGUGAGCCAAUCCCUGUGCAGUAUGUGCGCUGGGGGGAUCCGGAGCCAAUCGCUGCGGUGGUCUUCGCCUGCCUGGGUCUCAUGGCCACACUUUUUGUCACUUCUGUCUUCAUAAAAUUCUGGGACACCCCUGUGGUCAAGUCAUCCAGUCGUGAAUUGUGCUACAUCAUUCUGGCUGGGAUAUGCCUGGGCUACCUGUGCACCUUCAGCCUUAUUGCCAAGCCCCACAUAAUCUACUGCUACCUCCAAAGGUUGGGAAUAGGUCUGUCCCCUGCCAUGAGCUACUCUGCUCUGGUCACCAAGACCAACCGUAUAGCACGGAUCCUGGCAGGCAGCAAGAAGAAGAUCUGCACCAAGAAACCACGCUUUAUGUCCGCCUGCGCACAACUGAUCAUUGCCUUCCUACUCAUACUGCUGCAGCUGGGGAUUAUUGUGGCACUCCUCAUCAUAGAGCCACCACAGGUGAUUCAUGACUACCCCAGCAUCCGCGAGGUACACUUAAUCUGCAACCUGACCACUCUGGGGGUGGUGGCGCCACUGGGCUACAACGGCCUGCUUAUCCUCAGCUGCACCUUCUAUGCCUUCAAGACUCGUAAUGUUCCUGCCAACUUUAACGAGGCCAAGUAUAUUGCCUUUACCAUGUACACGACCUGUAUCAUCUGGUUGGCCUUUGUUCCCAUUUACUUUGGCUCCAACUAUAAGAUCAUAACCAUGUGUUUUAGUGUCAGCCUCAGCGCCACAGUGGCACUCUGCUGCAUGUUUGUUCCAAAGGUUUACAUUAUGCUUGCCAAACCUGAGAAGAAUGUACGCAGUGCUUUCACAACAUCUACAGUGGUACGCAUGCAUGUUGGGGAUGCUAAAAAAGCUGCCAAAUCUGGUAAACCCUCCAGCAGCAUGGCCAACUUGUUCCGACGUCGUGGCUCUGGACAAGAGAACAUCAGUUCCAAUGGAAAAUCUGUGACAUGGGCCCAGAAUGAGCACAGCUACAGGCCAAACCUAUGGAAAAGAAUGUCAUUCCAUGUCAAGAAAAAGGGCGCAGUAGAGACAAACCAGACAGCCAUCAUCAAACCCUUCUCUAAAGGAGGCGAUGACCCUGCAGACAUAAGCAUCAAACAGGAGUAUGAGGAGCCACAGGGGUCUCAGUCUUUUAACUGCUCCCCUUCCCAGUCACCCAUAAACACAAUCAGCCAGCAUGCAGCAAAAGCAAGGGGUUUCCAGGGAGGAGGAGAUGAGGGAGAUGCCCACGUUUUAACCACGUACAUACCUGAACACCCUAGUGGGGUGAGGAGGCGAGGUGGAGACAACAGUCAAACUGUGAGUGUUAACAUAGCUGAUGGUGGGGACAUUAGUGCCAUAGGUGUAGGAGACAUCGGUAUAGGGAUGAUUGGGGGCCAAACUCAGGGUACAACAAUCAUGGACCAAAUUAGCUGUGUUGUUAACCGUUUCACCGCCAACAUCAGUGAGCUCAACACCAUGAUGCUGCCAGGAGGAGCCGCCAUCAGCCCUAACUCCACCAUUGCUCGGCCUACAGCUGCAGACGCUGGCCCCGACCCCGGCCCAGGGCCCGGCCCCCACCAGUACCUCACAUCAAGGAGCAAACAAGGCUCCUCCACGGUCACCACAUAUGCUGAGGUUGCAGCUGUCUCCAGUUUCUGUGAGAACCGGCCUGCAGGUAAGCUGUAUGAGCACCUGGCUGGGACCUGUGUGAGCGGCAGACGAGCCAAGGACAGGGAGGAGCUGCUGGCUCUGACGCCCCCGUCCCCGUUUAGAGACUCAUCUCUGGGGUCCAACAGCAGCUCUCCUCCCUCACUGUCUCCUGCUUCUGAGGCUGAAUACGACCAGCUGCUGCUGAGACACUACAGCCAGAGCUCCUCGUCGCUCUAAACCUGCCCCCGACACUCCUGCUUCUUGAUUUGCCUCUUUUUGGAAUAAAUUCUACCCUUCAGACUCUUAUCUGAUCUUUUAUCUGAUGCCUUUCUAUAUGUGGAUAUUAUCAGUGUUUCAUAAUUUUCUAAGUAUUUUCAUUUUGACGUUUUAUUGAAUGCACCCCAUAUGCCUCUGCUGAGAGGACUUUGAGAGGAAAACAAACUGCAGGAUUUUUGACUCUGGAGUUUGAAGCCAAUUUAUGAAUAUGAAAUAAGCGCUGGAAUGUCAAGAACCGUGGCAAACUGGACAGCACAUGGGCAUUUCAAAGGACUUGACAUUGUGUGCUGACAUGUUUCUAACUCAGUUUAAAACUUUACAAUUCCAAAGAAAAAUUAUAAGCUGCGGAAAAAUUUUUAA